UAUUUACCACAUGGAGAACAGUUUACGUCAAGUCGAGGACAGCAAAGGAAAGCUGACAUCCUUCCACUCACCCACUGUAUCCAACAGGGCCAGCCAUGGCAGGGCAUGACGCAGGAAGUCAGCACCAGUUCACAGGGGUUGCCAAAUAUUUCAAUUCAUACACCAUCACAGGGAGGAGGAACUGUGUGCUGGCCACCUACGCAGGCAUUGCUAUAAUCUUCCUGUAUUUCAAAUUGAAACCCAAGAAGAAGCCUGUUACAGCAAAGUGAUGACAACUGCUCUCUGUGGCCAGCUCCAGUGCAGUGCAUACUGGCUGCAUUUCAAGUUCCAUAUGCUUCAUCUGCUUUUGCCAGUGCUGUGUCCAGUUCAUUAUCAUGAUAGCCACAGCAGUGAACACAUGUAGAGCAUGAAACAAAAGUGACUCAUUUCAACUGAUUAAAUUCUAUCAACAGCUGCAAAUUUUAAUAAUAAUGCCAAAAUGUUUGUGAGGCAUAUAAUACUUUGAAGGCAAUGGCAUAAUUUGUAAUUCUAAGGCAGUAUAGAAAUGAUUCGCUGAAGUGUGUCUCUACAGGUCUGUCACACAAACAGUUAGAAAUGUCCAGAGAAAGCCUGCGUUGAAACUCGCAGCAGUGGAGAAAAAUCAUUCAGGAAAUUAAUCAUCUUUUAGGCUACUUUUUUAAGCUUUCUGUGCAUAUUGCUUGCUGCUCCCAAGUGCAGAGGAACACUUUCAUUUUCAACAAGAUGUGGUGUAUAUUGUGUAGCCCCAACAGCAAUUCAAAAAGGACUGAAAGUAAGCAGUCCAAACCAGUUAUGAAUGUUGUAGCCCAAGAAAACGUUGCUUCCAAUAUUUUAGUCUAUACUUUAAUGAAUACAGCAUAAAUAUCACAAUAGCUGAUUUGUUUCUGAUGAUUAACAUUGCUUUGUAACGUUGCAUACUAGCUGAUAUAAUACCACAAUGUGGAAUUUCAUUUCACAAGACCAGAUUCACUUCAAGUUCACAACAAAUAAUAAAUAAACUAAUGAUGACCUUCA